CUCCACACAUGCGCACUGUCCUUGCUCGGGAGAUGGGUGGCUGCAGUGUUUUGGGCCGGAUCUGGGGUGUAUGGCGGCGUCGGCCAGGGGUCCGCGCAGUGCCCAAGGCCCCAGGCUUUGGCACCGAAGCCGGACAUCGGCUGCGACCCCGAGGCUCCAGCAAACGGUCGAGGCCCCUGGGGGGCCAGCCAUUCCCGGGGCUGCUGCAGCUAGAGAACCUCAGUCGGGAGGAGCUGGUUGAUGUGCUGAGGGCUGCAGUAGUGGACCAGAAAGGACCUCUAGUGACAUUGAAUAAGCCACCGGGUCUACCAGUGACAGGAAAACCAGGAGAGUUGACAUUGUUCUCAGUGCUGCCAGAGCUGAGCCAGUCCCUGGGGCUUGGGGAUCAGGAGCUCCAGGUUGUGCAAGCAUCUGGGAAAGAGACCUCUGGGCUUGUACUCCUCUCCAGUUGUCCUCAGACAGCCAGCCGCCUCCAAAAGUUCUUCAUCUACUCACGGAGAGCCCAGAGGCCCACAGCCACCUACUGUGCGGUCACUGAUGGGAUCCCAGCUACUUCUGAGGGGAAGAUCCAAGCAGCUUUGAAACUGGAACACGUUGAUGGCGUUGAUCUUGUAAUUCCAGUGAAGUCCCCAUCCCGAAAAGACUUCCAAGAAGGUGUCAAGAGGACCCUCAGCCACUUCCAUGUGGUGGCCAUGGGCUCUGGCUGUGCCUUGGUCCAACUGCAGCCACUGACAGUGUUCCCCAGUCAGCUCCAGGUACACAUGGUACUACAGCUCUGCCCUGUGCUCGGGGAUCACACAUACUCUGCCCGCGUGGGCACUGUCCUGGAUCAGCGCUUUCUACUGCCAGCAGAGAGCACCAAGCCCCAAAGACAGGUCCCGGAUGAAGCCCUCCUCAGACGCCUCUGCCUGACCCCCUCCCAGGCUGCCCAACUGCCCUUGCAUCUCCACCUGCAUUGUCUCCAUCUUCCAGGCAUGAGGCCCGGGGAGGCCCCCAUGAAGCUUCUGGCACCCUUGCCCUCUUAUUUCUCCAGAACCCUACAGUGCUUGGGGCUCCACCAACAAUAAUGCUCCUUCUGUUCCUUUUGUUUCUGCUGGAAAGCAGUGGGGAUGGGGUGGGAAAUGAACCUACGAUGAGGCCUGAGGAGAAUGAGGUCAGUACUCAACAUGCAGUAAGGCCUCGCUUUAAGAUCCUGGGCUCUGCAUUCGGACACACCUAAGAUCAAAGCCUGCCUAGGCCACCUGCUGCAUGGUGUUAGGCAAAUGACUUCAUCUCUUUGGACGUGCAUUAAUAAAAGUACCUACCUCAUA